AUGCUGAGAGACCUCCAAGCUUCUGCCUCCUCGGACGGAGACGUCAUCGUGCCCAAGGUCAUCAAUGCCGCCCCGUCUUUGGAAAAGGCGGAGAUGUACGGUAUAGACGACCAGCGGCCGGCCUCCUCAAGGAUGAUGGCCCUGGCGGGGCGCAUUUUCAUCGAAACAAUUCCACAAUGGCUUGCGGCGGGGGGUAUGCUGGCGCUGAUAUUCGGGGGCUGUUGCUCAAAUGUCUUCGCGCUGGAAGCUAUUGUGAAAGUUGAACCAGACAGCGGGACGCUGUUGACUUUCGUACAAUUCCUUUUCGUUGCCGUCACAGGCUAUAUAUCGCAAUUCGAUCAGGACAGGCCCCCCUUAUUCCUCAGACCGAACCGUGUUCCAAUUCGCCGCUGGAUGUUCAAUAUACUCUUGUUCUUCACGAUCAACGUUUUGAACAAUCACGCAUUCAGCUACAAUAUUUCAGUCCCCAUACAUAUUAUACUUCGCUCAGGAGGCAGUAUUACUACUCUGGCGGCCGGUUUUCUAUGGGGCAAGCGGUUCUCGAGGAUACAGGUGAUUGCAGUCACACUCUUGACAAUUGGGGUGAUCAUUGCAGCUUGGUCGGACCAGCAAUCGAAGAAAGAUGUACAGACCUCGCAAGAAACGCCACCUUUCAGCACAGGGCUUGGCAUCCUCUUCUUGGCCCAGGUAUUGUCGGCCAUCAUGGGCUUAUAUACAGAGGAAACGUAUAAAGAAUACGGGCCGCACUGGAAAGAAAACCUAUUUUACUCGCACCUACUCGCCUUACCCCUAUUCCUACCUUUCCUCCCUGCCAUGAGGAGACAAUUUCUAAAAUUAGCGGCCUCGGCGCCCCUAGGCAUGCCGUCGUACGAAUCAUUUUCGAACCUCCCCGUGGAUGUACGGGAAGGGUUGAACAGAAUUUACAUUCCAAGUCAGCUUGCCUAUCUUGUCAUGAAUGUCUUGACUCAGUAUGCUUGCAUUCGAGGGGUCAAUCUUCUUGCUUCAGCAGCCUCGGCACUUACGGUCACGAUUGUGCUCAAUGUCCGGAAGUUGGUCAGUCUGCUGCUGAGCAUUUGGUUAUUUGGCAAUAGAUUAUCGCCAGGAACAUUACUUGGUGCAGUCAUUGUAUUUUUUGCAGGAGGGAUGUAUGGAUUAGAGGGUAACAAAAACCCUAGUCGAUCGAGACAUAGGGUCAGCGCGAGCAAUAGCAAAGUAGGAUAG